AGGAAUUUCGUCGCGAGGAGGUUGCCCUCUUGUUGGGCGCCAUGGUCCGAUGGUCCGAAAAGGCCCGGAUGACGGGGUUGCUGAGUUCGACCAAGCUCAUGGCCAUCAAAGAGGAUGGCAAGAGCCUGGAAUUCUUGCUGUCCAACGGUGACAAGAUCUGCUUGAGCACUGACGACAUGUCGGAAGAGGAGGACCUCUGGAAGUGGCUCUUAGAUCUGAGCCGCGUUCCAGCGGAGUCCUUGGUCAAAGCAGAAGAGCCAAAGGAGCACGACCCGUGGAAGGACGGAACGUGGAAGAGCAAAGCGAAAGAGAUGUGGGAGAGACCAGCGGAAGCCGUUGAAUCCAAGGAGAUGGAGGAGCACUCCUGGUGGCAGGCGUCGAAAGCUGAUGCAAAAUCGUGGAGCGCGACCUCUUUCUGGGGCAAUUCCUGAAAAAA